UCAACUCUUUUCUCCCACUGCCCUCACUUCCUGUAAUGUUCGAGGGCAAAGGGAUCUACUUCCUAGCAACUAGUUGGUACUUUGCACGUGUGCUAAAAUAUUGUGUACUGUUCUGGUCCCGGAAGAAUGGCAGACUCAGAAACUAGGAGGAAGAUUCCACUGGUCCCAGAGAACCUACUGAAAAAACGAAAAGCGUACCAGGCCAUCAAAGCGACCCAGGCUAAGCAGGCCUUACUUGAAAAAAGAAAGUUCCAGAAAGGAAAACAACUUCGUUUUAAGCCGAUUGAGCAAUUUGUCAACGAGUCCAAAAGAAAACAUCGUGAUGAAGUACGUUUGAGGCGUAUGGAAAAGAAGCCUAUGAGUAAAACUCCUGUACCAGAGCAACAGUUAGCAUUCGUUGUCCGAAUUCAUGAAGUUAAAGGAAUCUCUUUGAGAGUGAAAAGAACAAUCUGCGAUCUUCGUAUUCGACAAAUCUACUCUGGCUCUUUCAUCAAACUGAAUAAGUCAUGUCUGAAAAUGUUGAGGAUUGUAGAGCCUUAUGUGGCGUGGGGGUAUCCCAACUUAAAGUCUGUGAGGGAAUUAAUACUAAAACGAGGCCAGGCCAAAAUUAAUGGAAAGAGAGUUCCACUGACUGACAACACAUUGGUAGAAGAGCAUUUAGGAAAAUUUGGGAUUAUCUGUUUAGAAGAUCUGAUCCAUGAAAUCUCUUCAGUUGGGAAGCAUUUCACUGAAGCAAGUAACUUCCUUUGGCCAUUUAAAUUGUCAGUAGCUCGGCAUGCCGCCAGGAACAAGCAGGGUUUCCUCAAAGAAAUGGGUAAAGGAGGAUUCCGAGGCGAGGACAUCAAUAAACUUAUCCGGCUUCUCAACUGAAAAAAACAAGACUGAAUUCUUCAACAUGGCAAGAAGCUAAAGUCUGUGUAUUGUACUGUGUACAGCCAUCACUUCAUUGGACAUCGUCUACACUCUGCUACUAUUCCAGUAUACCACUGUGUGGUAUUGUUAUGCAUAUUCUGGAUAUGAACUCUAGUACUGCCAGACAUUUAAGAUCUGAAGUUCUGAAUAUUUCCCUUUUACCCAAUAAUAUUCUACUUACGAAGACUGAAUAUUCUGAUAUUUUCAUUCACCAGAGGAAGUAUAGUAGAAAUGAUUGCUUAAUAAGCGGGUAAAAGAAUCCAUUUGAAUUUUCUGUGCGGUUUGCCAUUUGGUUGCUAUGCAGCUUUCUGCCCAUCAAAUGUCAUUUUUACACAAUUAUUAUAGGGACUUUCUCAUGGAGAUUUCUUGCGGUAGUGCAAAGAAGUGAGAUUUGUUUUAAAUGCGUUAAUCAUUGUCAAGCUUAUUGCUUUCCAGCCUUCAAAGGUCCCACUUUUUGAGGUAAUAUCUGUUGUAUUACUAUUCCCUUCUGCAACAUGUGGCACUUGCCCAGUAUAAAAAUAGCAUUACCCCACUCUUUUUGUUAUUACUGUUUUGUAGUUGACCACUUCAUAGGUUUUCCAUUUGUGAACACUUCGUUUGGCUUUGCUAUCUUGUUGAUACAUUAAAAUGUGAUAUUUUAACACUGUGGGGAAAAUUUUAGUUUGGAGAAAAUAAACAAAUAAGCUGUUCGUUGUUUUCACUUCAUGGAAACAUCUUAGGAGUGAUUAGACAAGCAUUGUCCCCUCAUUGAAAAGUAUAUGUGGUAGACAUUUGACUUUGAUGAAACUGUCAGUUUUGUUGUUGCCAUUUGAAACCUCUGUUAAUUUGUCUAUGAUUUUAAUAAAACUUCUCUAGGGUGUUGAA